GUCUCGAAUGCUCCGCCAAGUUGGCCGCUCUCCAAGCCCCGGAGAACGGAGACCAACAACUCGCCCCGUCGCUCAUCCUCCUCGACAACUUACCCCAGCAUCCCAUGCUAUAAAGAUUUCCACCCGGGCGACCCUGCCCCUCAAUGCCUCCAAGACAGAGUCCCCCCUCUCCGAUUCAAUGGCUCCGUCGCACUCUCCCAGUCCCGCCCGCGUAGGCAGCCGGACUGUUCCCAUCAACUCUCGUCCCUCUCUCGAAACCAACUUCACCGACCCCUCCUUCGACCCUGCCGACUUCCUCAACGAUGCUCUCCCCCCGUUGACGCUGGCGUCUUCACAAGCGCAUGGCCCCCGCAACCCCGGGGCCGUCUCCCUCGCCGAAUCCUCCACCCAGGUCCAGUCCAUCCUGACGCAGAUCAAUGCGCAGAACGUCCGCCUCUCGAAUAACUUGACGCAGCUGACGGACGAGAUCCUUCGCAGCGGCGGCCGUCUCGCUUACGAGGUGGAGGUGCUGCGUGGAGAAACGAUCGGGCUGUCGGAUACGUUGACGGAUGCUUUGCGUGAUGACAUAGCGAAGUUCGUCCCUGAGUCGACGGAGAAGAAAGAUAGCGGUGCGCAGGAUCCAUCGAUUACGCCUGACGAGGACCAAACGCCCAAAGAAGCAGACGAAGCAACAGAACCAGAACCAGAGCAACAACUAGAACCCGAGGACCUCCCCGCCGUCGCAGACCCGGAAUACAUCACGAAACUACGAACCCUGAACCAGGUGCGCGCGCGACUGGAAGAAGUUGUGCAGACGUUCGGCGACGCCAUGGAAUGGACUCUCCCGCCGUCCGAGACCUCCCUGACCUCGUCGUUCAUAUCGGUGUCUGCGCCCGAGCCCGGAUCCGAGAGCCACAGCCGCGAGGAGAAGGGCCAGGAGAUCAUGAAGAAGCUGCGGGCGGAAAUCACGGAGCUCCUGGACAGCAAUGGUGGUGGGGAGGAGGGCGUGGAUGCAGCGACGCAGCGGGUGGAUGCGCUGCGGGAUUUGGCUACGGUGUGGAAGGGCACGGCGGAGGAGAAGGCGCGCGCGCGGUUCGUGGAUGGUCUGGCGAAGAUGAUCGAGGACCGUCGCAGAAUGCUGGAGAACCAGGGCAAGAUGGACCCGGCGCAGUCGCAGGCGAAGGCGAAGGCUUCGACGCAUCGGCGCCAGGAGAGCGAGGGACCUGGCGGUGGGAUUUUCCGCAAUCUACAGCGGUUACGGGAGGAGAUCUACCUGGAGUAAUAGACUGAUUAUAUCGAGUGUGUAUGGAGUAUGUCCAUUGUACAGCGGCAGACAUGUAUCUGUCCAGUGUCCAGACAGUUGAUGUUAACUAAGAUGAAACACCCGCGGAGGCAGGCCAAGACUGAGACGCAGCGAGAGUCAGUCGAUGACGCGGCAGUUUGAAGACCAGAUUUGCCUGGACUCUCAGGAGCGCUAGAAUUAAUCCA